AUGAGAAAACUCGCACCAUUUGAAAUAUUCCCUGUAAAAGGUAAAAAUUGGAUCCAAUUAGCAAUGAAAUUUGGUUCCAAAUCAGAAGCAUAUGAUGUAGCCAACAUGAUUAACAAAAAAGCUUUUGGAACUAGAUUGAGAUCUGAUGAAACCCACUUAAUACCAUUAGAAAAAUCACCAGAAUUAGUUAAAAUUCCUGAAUUUCCCAACUUAAUUGCGGCCACAGAAUUUGUAAAGCAAAACUAUACUCCUUCAUGUCACCAAUCAUUAGGUGUUGUUACAUACAACGACAAUAUGGUUAUUUUGAAUUCCAAUCAUUCAGUUUCCGAUGGUGUUUAUAUUAUGGAACUUAAUAAAUUCAUUUUGGGCGAAUCUAAGAUGGAAGAUAAUCACUUGCCAGUUCCUAUUUCCUUCGAUGAAGCGUUUGCUGAUUACUAUAAGAGUCUUCGUGGACAUGCAAUCUUUGAUACGUCUCACUAUAAGUAUACUCUAACAAAAUCACCACAGAAAGAUACUGAAGCGGCAAGUUACUACACAUAUGUUAUCCCAUACGAACAACUAAAAGCUUACAAUAAAAAUACAAAUAAGAUCAAGAACGUUACAGAUAACAUCUGGGCUUCAUAUGUUCUUUCAUCUGCAGCACAUAAUGGAUACCUUGAUAACUACGGAGUCUUUGCUUGUGUUAACUUGAGACCAUAUCUUCCAAAAGUUACUUUUGACUAUGCAAACAUUUUCUCUCGUAAAGCUGUUGCAGUUCCAAUGAAAGACAGAAAUGAAACACUCCAGUCAGUUUGUUCCAGAUUCAGAAAAAUAUUUGAUUCAAAACAAGCUUUAGAUGAUUUAUUCAGGCUGGAAAGAGACGGUAACUUCAAGACAGUGCCAACUGGAAUGUUUAACUUAGAAACAUCCAAUGUUGGUAUUUACAAGGCAACGGGUCCAAUUUUAGACAUUUAUGUAUCAACAAAAAUCCAAAAUGCCUUCACUGCCAACGAAUUGUGCUUCCUUACUUAUACUGUUGAUCAUGGCAAAACAAAGGAAUUAGUUUGCCAGCUUAGACACCCAACACAUUUGAUUGCAACAGAAGAAGUCAGUAAACUCGCAUCAUCAACUGAAUUCUUCAUGAAGAACAUGGAUUUAUCUUACAAAGUUGGCGAUGUGUUUGAUGAGUUGACAAAAUACCAAAAGACACUUUGA